CCUUCUCACCGGCAGCCAGCGGCCGAUUCCCUUACUUUCUUCCUUUCUCUCUCUCUCCCCCAUUCUCUUUUUCUUCCUCUCCACCUCCUGUCUGCAUUGCUUUUUUGAUAGAUUUGAUUCUAUCUGUCCUACACAUCAAUCACCAUGUUUGCUGCUCGCCAGUCUCUCAACCUCUUCCAGAAGCGCGCCUUCUCGGCGUCUGCUAGCCAGGCUUCCAAGGUCGCCGUUCUCGGUGCCGCUGGUGGCAUUGGCCAGCCUCUCUCCCUCCUUCUCAAGCUCAACCCCCGUGUUUCCGAGCUUGCCCUGUACGACAUCCGCGGUGGCCCUGGUGUUGCCGCUGACCUGAGCCACAUCAACACCAACAGCACCGUCUCUGGCUAUGACCCUACCCCUUCUGGCCUCCGCGAUGCUCUCAAGGGAUCCGAGAUCGUCCUCAUCCCUGCCGGUGUUCCUCGCAAGCCCGGCAUGACCCGUGAUGAUCUCUUCAACACCAACGCCUCUAUCGUCCGCGACCUUGCUAAGGCUGCUGCUGAGGCUUCCCCCGAGGCCAACAUCCUCGUCAUCUCCAACCCCGUCAACUCCACCGUCCCCAUCGUUUCCGAGGUCUUCAAGGCCAGGGGUGUCUACAACCCCAAGCGUCUCUUCGGUGUCACCACCCUUGAUGUCGUCCGUGCCUCUCGCUUCAUCUCCCAGCUCAAGAAGACCGACCCCUCCAACGAGGCCGUUCCCGUCGUUGGUGGCCACUCCGGUGUGACCAUUGUCCCUCUCCUCUCCCAGUCCAACCACGCCGACAUCGAGGGUAAGGCCCGUGAUGAGCUUGUCAACCGUAUCCAGUUCGGUGGUGAUGAGGUUGUUAAGGCCAAGGAUGGUGCUGGCUCUGCUACCCUCUCCAUGGCCAUGGCCGGUGCUCGCUUUGCCGAAUCCCUUCUCAAGGCCGCUCAGGGCGAGAAGGGCGUCAUCGAGCCCACCUUCGUCGACAGCCCUCUCUACAAGGACCAGGGUGUUGAUUUCUUCGCCUCCAAGGUCGAGCUCGGCCCCAACGGUGUUGAGAAGAUCCUCCCCGUCGGCAAGAUCAACGCCUAUGAGGAGAAGCUCGUCGAAGCCUGCCUUGCUGAUCUCAAGAAGAACAUCAAGAAAGGUAUUGACUUCGUUGCUGCCAACCCUUAAAUUCACCUCAUAGGAUAAAUUAGACCGUCUGCAGCUCCUUUCCUCCCUGUAUAACAGUCUUGUGUAUGUCAUUAUAUGCCUAUUGCCUAUCAUCCAUGCUUCAACCCGCAUCGGCGUUAUAUUGGAGGAGAUGCAGCUGCAGUUAGUUUCUGGAGCAAUGGCGAACUGACGGAUAGUUUCGCGGCUACUUUUUCCGCUUCGUUUCAUGAUGGCAAGGGCGAUGAACCUGUAUUUCCUGAGUAUUUAAAAACAUAAUUGAUUCCCCCAAUGUCUGUAUUUUGAUCCCGUAAAAGUAUCCCAUCCAUACCUUGAAACCAAUUUGCAGCCUCUGUGACGGUCUUAGGGACCGCUCUAGAGUCUACCGAGCGAGUAAGAGAUAUCUUAUCUGAUGCGUUGGCAGCUAUCUUGGUCUCCAUUCUCAGUACUGUAUUUAUUCCCUCUAUCUUAUCCUAUCUCCAGAAUCAUACCAUCCGCGUCAUUUUUCGUAACCUCAUUCCUCACCAAUUAAAACGAAAAAACACCAAAACAAACCAAAGUCCGUUACAGCCAUGGCAAAAGAAGGACAAAACGGACAGGAGAGAGUCAGGGCUAGAAAGGGUAU